UCUAUGGAGACCGGAGAUUAUUAAUAAUGAAAUCUUGCCAGCAGAUCAUGUAAUUAUAUUAUAUACAUAUACAUAUAUAUAUAUAUAUAUACAAGUGUCUUUCUUGUUCUUCUGUGUACAAGCUAAUUAUAACGAGAGAAAAAUGGCGGCCGGAAAAGACAUAGAGAACGGAAAGAAUGAAGGAUUCACGGCGGCGCUUAUCGGAAAAGAAGAUGACAGAUGGAUGGUUUACCUGAGCACAUUUGUUGCUGUGUGCGGGUCGUAUGCAUUUGGAUCUUGUGCCGGUUAUUCAUCCCCGACUCAGUCUGCAAUCAGCCAAGAUCUCAACUUUUCCAUUGCAGAGUACUCGCUGUUCGGCUCCAUACUAACAUUUGGUGCAAUGGUGGGAGCAAUCACAAGUGGUCCUAUAGCUGAUUUCGUCGGUCGAAAAGGGGCAAUGAAAGUGUCUAGUGUUUUCUGUGUAGCAGGAUGGCUUGCCAUUUAUUUUGCUGAGGGGGUUUUGGUGAUGGACAUUGGAAGGCUGGCAACAGGAUAUGGAAUGGGAGUUUUUUCUUAUGUGGUACCUGUCUUUAUAGCUGAAAUCGCGCCCAAAGAAUUGCGAGGAGCUCUGACAACCUUAAACCAGCUUAUGAUAGUCACUGGAGUGUCAGUGGCCUUCAUUAUCGGGACAAUGGUGACAUGGAGGACUUUGGCACUAACAGGAAUAGUUCCAUGUGUUGUUCUUGUUUUGGGCCUUUUCAUCAUUCCCGAGUCUCCUAGAUGGCUGGCAAAGAUUGGGCAUGAGAAAGAGUUUGAAGUUGCACUGCAAAAGCUUCGCGGGAAAGAUGCAGAUAUAUCGGAAGAGGCAGCUGAAAUCCAGGAUUAUGUAGAAAUGCUCGAAAAGCUCCCAAAGGCAAAACUAUUCGAUUUGUUUCAGAAAAGAUACUCGCGUUCUAUCUUUAUUGGGGUUGGACUGAUGAUAUGCCAGCAACUCGGUGGAAUUAAUGGAAUCUGUUUCUACACCAGCAGUAUAUUCGAGUCUGCAGGGUUCCCUUCGGAUAUCGGGACUAUAAUCUAUGCAAUUCUUCAGGUUAUAGUGACAGCAGUAGGGGCAACCUUAAUAGACAAAGCUGGAAGAAAACCUCUUUUAGUGGUUUCUGCAUCAGGGCUUGCUCUUGGCUGUAUACUAACAGGCGUCUCGUACUAUCUUAAGGGACUUAACAUUGCAGGCAAUGCAGCACCUGUACUUGCUGUAACAGGCAUAAUGGUGUAUAUAGGGUCAUUUUCAGUAGGAAUGGGAGCAGUUCCAUGGGUUAUUAUGUCUGAGAUUUUCCCUAUAAAUGUCAAAGGGGUUGCAGGAAGCUUUGCAACACUAGUAAACUGGUUUGGGGCAUGGUUAUGUUCCUACACUUUCAAUUUCCUCAUGGCCUGGAACUCAUUUGGGACUUUCAUUCUCUACGCCACGAUCAACGCGUUUGCUAUCCUGUUCGUGAUCAAGGUAGUCCCGGAAACCAAAGGGCGAACUUUGGAACAAAUACAGGCUACCAUCAAUGCAUAAUCUCAUACCAGAAGACACGACAAUUCGAGGCAAGAUCAGGAGAAGUUUUCGAUCGCUCUAGGCAGACAGAUCGUAUGAAGUGUAAAAUCAUUUAUUUGUUGUAUGUAACCAUUUCUAUUGUUGCUGAUGAACGACAGCACGAGAAAUAACAGAGAAUCUGUUAAGUUUCAUUUGAA